AUGGACUCCAUGGAAGCUCCAUCUCCAACUUUUCAAUCUCCGUCUCGUUCCAGUCAACAAUUGCAUUUCUACCUCGCCGUGGAUCGUCCUCAAUUCAAAAUGGAGACUGUGGUGGAGUUAUUGGGUGUUUUAGGUCGUCGUCCAUGGCUUCCGAUUGUUGUUUGUUGCAGCUCUCGUGAUGAACUUGACGCUGUUUGUUCUUCCUUAUCCAAUCUUCCUUACAUUUCUUUAGCUGCUCUGUACAGCGAUCUAGCAGAGAGAGAAAGAAAUAUGGUUUUGGAGAAAUUCCGGCAAGCAACAAUUAACUGGAACCAGCAACUUAACUCUGUGGUAGAAGAAGGUUUAGAUGCGAGUGAAACCGGAAAAGAAGAAACAAAAUCUCAUUUGGUAGUUGUAACCGAUGUGUGUCUUCCGCUACUUUCAUCUGGAGAAUCUUCUUUAUCUGCACGAGUUCUCAUAAACUACGAGCUUCCUACAAAGAAGGAAACAUAUACAAGGCGUAUAACAACUUGCUUAGCUUCAGGUGGUAUUGUCAUAAACAUGGUUGUUGGAGGUGAAGUAAGCACUCUCAAAAGCCUCGAAGAAAGCAGCGGCAUUAUCAUCGCAGAGAUGCCAAUCAAUAUUUCCGAAAUCUUAUAA